CCGCACUGUCUGCCCCACCCCAGCCUGCCGCCCACAGAGGGUCUGUUUCUGUGCUAUGAUGGUGGACAAUUGCUUCAGACAUUACAGCUGUCUCUGCAUUCUCCCAGACUUCCACACUGAUUAAUCAAGAGUGAAAAAUCUGAAGAAAUGCAAGCAGGAAAAAGAAAUUAAACUAGGUACGUGGACUGUCACGCUCUCCCAUCAGUAAAGUGUCAGCAAGGGCUGUUUUACGAGUGCCCCAUCCCGCCUGUCAUUUACAGACCUACCGAGGGGAAAGGGUCUGGAAGCACACCCACUGCCUCUAGCAGUUCCACCGUGUGCCUCACACACUUUUAAGUUGUGUAGAGGCUGAGGAGCAAUGCGACAGGCAUGAUGGAGGUCGAGUCCUCCUACUCGGACUUCAUCUCCUGCGACCGAACGGGCCGGCGGAAUGCAGUCCCUGACAUCCAGGGAGACUCAGAGGCUGUGAGCGUGCGGAAACUAGCUGGAGACAUGGGCGAGCUGGCCCUUGAGGGCGCAGAGGGACAGGCAGAGGGAAGUACCCCAGACAAGGAGGCCAGCAGCCAGCCCGAGAGCAGUGAUGCGAACACCUCCUCCUGAAGAGAGACCUGCUGCCCCUCCUGGAACUGGAGCCCUGGCACAACCCAGCAGCCUCUCCUCUGAGCCUGUAGCCCAGGCCAGCCAGGCCAACUGAGAGCCUUGUGGAGGCCUCUGUGGCUGUACUCCAGCAAAGUCGUCUGCCCACACCCACAGGCUUCACUCUCCCUCCACCUCCCCAUGGUACCCAGGUACACCAUCACCACAGGAUGUUAUUUAUUCAGCUCGGUGGGGGCGGGGCUCGAGCCAGGCCCUGCCCCCCAGGUGAGCAGCCCCCAUCUGGACAGGGUCUGUCCCCAAACCAUUCAUUCAUCCCUCCAGCCAGCCGCCUAUGUUGGAAAGAUCGUCCUAGCCCUUUUUUAAAGCCUCUUUUACAUUUUUUAAAAACAUAACUUUUUUCAGCAGAGAAGGGGGAACUGACAAUCACUUUUUUUCUGUUUUGGUUUUGGUUUGAAAGCCGUUUUAAGCUUAGCUCUGAUGAUCUAUGCAGCUCUGUUCCCCCAUGGAGCCUCACAGAUCCAGUUGUAGGGAAAAGAUUUGGACUCAAAAAUAACUGACCAAUUCUUUGCCCUUUGUACCAAGAGAGUGAUACUUAGGUCCCAGGAAAUAAAUGCUGAUGAUUUGUGUGA